AUGGAGGCUGAGCGUGAGAGAAAGGAGGAGGUUGAUGAAAGAGGGCGAGCCGGGAUGGGAAGAGGAUGGAGAGAAAUUGGAGGCGAGCGAAUCUGUCGGGGAGUUGUAAUAGUCUGCCGUCGGCCCACCCGAGGGAAUCCAGACACUGCAGAGGAGGAGGAAGAGGGUAGUGGUAGAGAUGAAGACGGCCGAGAGACAAAGAUGGCCAAGAGUUUAUGUGUUGGGAGCGUCGUUUCCAUUUCAGACGACGACCCCCUGCAGCCUGUCACCUCAGACGAGACAGUUUCAGUGGGCGGAGCUGUCACACUGACCUGCCAUGUUGCCGAGAGCGACAACUCGUCACUGCAGUGGUCAAACACGGCGCAGCAGACACUCUACUUCGGCGAGAAAAGAGCACUGCGAGACAACCGCAUCCAGCUGCACCGCUCCACGCCCACCGAGCUGUCCAUCAUCAUCUCCGAGGUGCAGCUGUCCGACGAGGGCGAGUACACCUGCUCCAUUUUCACCAUGCCCGUGCGCACUGCACGUGCCACCGUCACAGUACUAGGUGUCCCUGGAAAGCCUCACAUCUCAGGCUUGGAGAAUCCUGUGCAGGAGGGGGGUGCAGUCACCUUGACCUGCACCAGCACAGGCAGCAAGCCCCCAGCUAGGCUGCGAUGGUUCCGUGGGGACCUGGAACUAGAAGGCCGGCCGGACGUGGUGGAAUCUGUUCCGGAUGAACCCACUUACAACGUGAGCAGCGAGCUGACGCUGGAAGUGAGCCGUGCCGAUGACAACGAGGUAGUCACCUGUGCAGUGGACCACCCGUCGCUCACCCCAGGGGAUAAGAGGAGCGAACAGGCCCUCCAUGUCCUGUAUUCCCCUAACGUUGAGAUCCUACCUGAGAGCGAUCUGCCUCGCGAGGGGGAGAAGUUUCACCUUGAGUGUUUGGGCAAUAGCAACCCAGAGCCGUCCUAUAGUUGGAAGAAGAAAGAUGGAGAGCUCCCCCCGCUGGCAAAAGAUGAGGGCACCUUCUUACGCUUUGAGGUGCUCAACAAGUCCGACAAUGGAGUCUACCUGUGCUUCGCCGACAACGGCAUCGGGAGCAGUGUCGGAGAGUACACGCUGUUGGUGCAAGAUGCUGAAGAAAACAUUGCAGACCCCACGGCCAUGUCGACAUCAUCAGGCGUGGACCACGCAGUGAUCGGGGGUGUGGUGGCCGUCAUCGUCUUUAUCCUGCUGUGCCUCCUCAUCGUCUUUGGGAGAUACCUUAUUAGACACAAAGGAACAUAUUUGACCCACGAGGCCAAAGGCUCAGACGACGCCCCUGAUGCUGACACGGCCAUCAUCAACGCCGAGGGCGGAAACUCCGGAGCCGAGGAUAAGAAGGAAUACUUCAUCUAG